CUUAUUCUAACCGUCAGAUAACAACAUAUCGAACAUAUCCACAUAUCUCUCUCUAGGUAUUCACAAAUCGCAAUGGGUCACUUGAACAAUGAUGAGUUCUUCCUCAAGCUCACCGAGCUCUUCGACCAGAAGAAAGGGAAGGAUCACGGUUCCAUAGUGUUGGUGCAGAAGAGAUUAUCUUACGACCAACCUGUCCCAGAGCCGACGAGCGAAACCGUACUCCCCGAUCUACACCCCCCACAGCCCAUGCCCGUACUCAUCCGUGCCACAAAUGCGAAGGGCAAGAAGCGACGCGAGGACAAGAUUAAGCUGUCGACCGUGGUGGAGCCCGACGCUCUUCCCGCUUUCUUCGAUAGAUAUGCCGAAGUAUGCAAGGCCGGUAUGGCCACGUUGAAGCCGAGAGAUCGCAGCAAGAGGAAGGGCAAGGCAAAGAAGAAGAAGGGCUCUGCUGCUCCCUCUGGUCCCUGAUAUAAUACCUUGCCCCUUGCAACUUUACUACAUAAUAUUUAUCACCUUCCCUUUUCCUCUUCGUGCUCAUCUUGGAGAGGCCAGCCAGCCUAGGAUCUUCUUAUCCACGCGUGGACCCCGUUCUGAGCGCUCUUGGCCUUCUCAAACUAGAAGCCCACUUGGGGGACAAGUUCAAGUUCCUGUGAGGUAUUCAGGAUAGGAGGCCAUAAUCAGCAGUGCCAUUUAUUGUCUGUUAAAGCGCUUGCGCGCCUCGCGAAAGGCUAGGAUCACGUAGCAUUAUUAAAUUUGGGUAGCUGUAAGCUACUACUAGGUCACGGGUAGACUACUUAAGUGCGUGCUGUUGCUGGUUUGGUAGUAUAUUCAGACGAGAGCUUGAGAUAUGCUAAUAAAUGAUA